AUGUUUCACAGCAGCGAUCUGAGAGCCUUCAGCAAUGAAGACCAGCUGCACGCCUGCAGCUGGAUCCGGAGCCACUUGGAGGAGCACACAGACACCUGCCUGCCCAAACAGGACGUGUACGAGUCCUACAAGCGAUACUGUGAUAACCUGCAUUACUGGGCUCUCAGUGCCUCUAACUUCGGGAAGAUCAUCCGGGAUGUCUUCCCCAAUGUCAAAGCCAGGAGGCUGGGAGGAAGAGGACAGUCCAAGUAUUGCUACAGCGGGAUCCGGAGGAAGACAGUGCUGAACAUGCCUCUGCUUCCCAGUCUGGACCUCAAGAAUGACCCAUCGGAGCUGACGGAGCUGGUGCAGACCUACAACAGUGAGGUGACGGAGGCGGCCUGCUCUCUGAUCUGCGACUGGGCCGAGCGCAUCCUGAAGCGCUCCUUCGACACGGUGGUGGAGAUCGCUCGCUUCCUGAUCCAGGAGCACAUUGUCAACCCUCGCUCCAGCACCGCACACACCAUCAUGUCUGCCUCUCUCGCCGGAGGUCCCGCCAAACCCCACAAGGUCGUGAAGAAGACCCUACAGCCCCCCCGAGGCUCUGGAGUCAAAAGAGCUGAGAGUAGCCCUGCAGCACAGAGAGAGAAGGAGAGUGGGGAGAGGUCCGCAGCAGGCAAGCAGCUCCUCUCUGAGUCCUCAGACAGCCCCAGGGCCGGGGGCCGCGAUUCGCAGGUGGAGGCCGUGAUGAAGCGCUACCCCCAGCUCCUACCGCGUGGACCGGUCCUACAGGAGACACGCUGCCUCCGUGGCUCCCCUCCGACCAUCACCAUGGCCGCCGCCCCCCUCACCCAACAGCAGGGGGCUCUGCCCGUCUUGAUCCUGCCCCCCCUCAGCUACCCCGCCCCCGCCGCCCCGAGCAAGGAGAGAGCCAGCAUCAUCAGAAGCCGGGGGGCUCCCAAAAGGCCUGCUGAUCCCCCCAGUGGAGACACCCCUAAGAGGAAGAGGGGGCGUCCCCGGAAAGCCAGAAUGGAAGAUGCGGAGCCGCCACCUAGAGGAGUCAUCCAAAGAGCCGCGCCGGGGGGACAGACGAGCAACGCCAUCGAGGUUGUGAUCAAGCACGAACCCUCCGCAGUCAUCGCCUCCAUCAAAAGCCUGCCUCCCCCGAGUCUCGCCUCCCCCGAAACCCAGCCUCCCCCGAGUCUUGCCUCCCCCGAAACCCAGCCUCUCCCUGGUCCCGACUCCCCCGAAACCCAGCCUCUCCCUAGACCCGACUCCCCCAAAACCCAGCCUCUCUCUGUCCUCGACUCCCCCAAAAUCCAGCCUCUCCCUAUCCUCGACUCCCCCAAAACCCAGCCUCUCUCUAGCCUCGGCUCCCCCGAAACCCAGCCUCUCCCUAGUUCUGACUCCACCAAAACCCAGCCUCUCUCUAUCCUCAACUCCCCCAAAACCCAGCCUCUCCCUAGCCCCGCCUCCCCCAAAACCCAGCCUCUCUCUAGGCUCGACUCUCCCGAAACCCAGCCUCUCCCUAGUUCCGACUCCACCAAAACCCAGCCUCUCUCUAGCCUCGACUCCCCCAAAACCCAGCCUCUCCCUAGCCUCGAUUCCCCCAAAACCCAGCCUCUCUCUAGUCUCGAUUCCCCCAAAACCCAGCCUCUCCCUAGCCUCGAUUCCCCCAAAACCGAGCCUCUCUCUAGUCUCGAUUCCCCAAAAACCCAGCCUCUCCCUAGCCUCGAUUCCACCAAAACCCAGCCUCUCCCUAGUCUCGACUCCCCCAAAACCCAGCCUCUCCCUAGACUCGACUCCCCCAAAACCCAGCCUCCCCCGAGUCUCACUGCCCAGGGGCGGCCCAUAGAGGCGCCACACGGGAAUCCCGCUGACCAGGCCAGCCAGAGCAGGGUGGAGGGCCGGGGGCUAGUGGAGGUGAUACAGAGGACCCCUACUUAUGCCCCGCUUGUCGCGGGCCCGGUGCCGGAGGUGGGAGAGGCUGGGAAAUCCACAGAGAAGCCAGCCAACAUACCUCCGCCCUCCAGCAGAGCAGAGUCCCAGCCAGCCAGCCAGAGCCCCCGGCAGAGUGGGGCUGGAAAGCAAGGUUCAGAACCCCAGAGCCCUGCCUCGCACCCUGACCUGCCCCCGUCCUCCCAGACCCCCAAUCAGGGCUGAGCUGAGCAGCCAGCGCCCAGGGGAAGGGCCACACUGGACUCCCACUGCUUAACCCUCAAACCAGCUUUAGAAACUAAUGCUAGUCCUGCACCCAGGCAUGGCUUUCAGAACUACUCCCAGUUAAGCACACCAGGAAUGGAAAUUACUCCUAUUGCACAGCAGUGGCACCAUUCCAGGUUUUACUACCAGCUUGAUUACCCACGGUUUGUGUAGGUGGGUAAUUAAAGUAGCAGUAAAACGAGGAAUAGGUGAAACUGCUAUGCAAUGGGAGUCUUAUAGUCAGGGGUUGGCUGAUGUUAAACUGAUAGUAACCCAGCGGAGUUGUAUGCUUGUAUUCAUUCUGUGCAGAUUGACCAGGAGCCUGAUUGUUCAGACUGCUGGCACCUGGUCAUGUCAGUAUUCUACCUAAUCAGGGAGUUCUGAGCCCCAGGACUGGGUGCAGGAUUGGUAUGUUUUUAACCCUGCUCAAACCACCUGUUCAGCAGUCUCCAGAUGUUAUUUUCAUUUCUUGUUUUUUUUUUUUUUUUUACAUUUGCUAUUUUACAGUCAUUCUGAGUGGCUCUGGGUGCGACAGUAUUGAAUUGAUAUGAGGCUGGCUUAUUUGAGAGGCAAAUGUUAAGAAUGAUAUUGAAUUGAUAUGAGGCUGGCUGAUUGAGAGGCGAAUGUUAAUAAUAUUGAAUUGAUAUGAGGCUGGCUGAUUGAGAGGCGAAUGUUAAUAAUAUUGAAUUGAUAUGAGGCUGGCUGAUUGAGAGGCGAAUGUUAAGAAUAAUAUUGAAUUGAUGUCAGGCUGGCUGAUUGAGAUGCGAAUGUUAAGAAUAAUAUUGAAUUGAUGUCAGGCUGGCUGAUUGAGAGGUGAAUGUUAAGAAUAAUAUUGAAUUGAUGUCAGGCUGGCUGAUUGAGAGGCAAAUGUUCAAAACUCCAUGUUGGAGCGACAGAGCCACCCACAGUGAUUGCAAACAGCAUUGUAAAGGUUAAAGUGACACAUUGAAAUGCCAUUAGAAGGUAGGUACUCUUCAUUACGAAUGUCAGUCUGUUCUUAAUGGAACCAUUAAGAGACCGUUAUCACACGGCAGAGGAGUGCACACCCCCAGUGAUACCAGCAUAGGAAUCGAACCCCAGUCCCACAUUCAAGAGACAUUUGCCAUUGACCUUACUGACGUUCUUUUGGCAUUUUUAAAUGUAGUUCAAUUGAGAGUUUAAUAUGGAUGGCAUUAUCUGUUUUUUUUUGUUUUUUUAACAAUCACGUCAAAUUUGAUCAAGAUGUUUUUAUUCUGGUCGACAGAGGGAGUUGUUUCCCCACAAUGACAAUAAAUCUAACCAAAAAAUACCAGUAAUACCAUUAAGAUUGUUUUUCCCACUAGAGGUGAAGUAGACAGUGCAUCGUCGUACCUGCUCUUGGGGGUUGCUGAAUGGACACUGGUGUGAGGCCAAACUACAGCUCUGGCCAAAAAUUUAGCAUCACCUGGAGUAGUAGGAUUGAGACAUAAUAAAAAAGAAAACUGCUUUUAUUAAUCAAAGAAACUACAAAAUGAUAUCGCAACAGUCUACCGGAACCCGUAAUAGUAGUCCAGUAGUUCAUGUUAGAUUUCCACAAUGUCACAUUUUCUAUUCUCUUUUUUCAGAUUUUUGUUAAGUAUAUGGAAGACUCAAAGCGGUGUGUAAUUCAGUAUGUUAAUGUAACAUUGUUCAGCAGGUUUCAUUUGACUUUUUAUAAAGCAUAAUGAGUUCAUUCAAUAGGGAGAGGCAAAACCUCUGGCCAGAGCUGUACUGAUAAUAGAGUUUGCUGCCGGAUUCCACACUGUGAAUGCGAUGGCACAAUGUACCUGCAGUAAGGUAUAUAAGAUACUUAUUAGUCCUUAGUCCUCUUAACUGUGUAGUACAGGAGACAGCCUUCUUUUUUUAAAAGUGUUGAGGGCUGUGCAUUGACCUCAGGAGCUGCUGCUCAGUUCUAGUUGCCUGGCGCAGACACAGGCAGCCUGGAUCAGCCAAAGUGUCUUUAUAUUAGUAAGCGCCAUCUAUUGCACAGCUUGUGUAUUGCCAGCCGUACACAAAAGGAUCACCAGGUGGCGCUGGCUCGCCAGUAAAGACACUUUGAUCUAGCCUGCGUUGCAUGUCUAUUUCAAGCAACUAGAGCUGAAAAGCCGCUCCUGAGCUCAGGGGACUCAUUAUCUGAGUAACUGUAAGUAUAAGAACCACUCAGAACGAUUGCAACCAGCAAUGCAAAGAGGAGAGUAAAAAAAAAACAAUGCAAUCUGAAUCUAUUUAAAAGAAAUCGCUGCAGAUUUAUAAUGAAUUUAAAUAAAAUAUUUUAAAAAAGAGAUUCCACUGGCAUGUGUAUAAAUCUUCUGUUGCCAUAAUUUGAAUGCA